AUGGAAGAUGUGCAAGAUCUACGGACAAGAUUCUUGCAAAGGUCGGCUCGGAUCAUUCUCCUUUCAAGUCCAUCGACCUCGCGACAUCUGUCAUCCCAGAGCGUCGAACUCCAACAUUCUCGAUCUAGCCUGACCUCCAGCGCCGCCAACAAUGUGUGUGCAGCGUGCGGCAGCCUGUUGUUGCCAGGCUGGACUGUUUCUACGCGGUCCGCGACACAGACGGCGGUGGCCAAACCCCAGACAACAGCGCAGAAAAAGAUUCGAAGAAAGAUCCUGUCACGGAAGUGCUCUUCAUGCCACAGGGUCUCGAGGCAGACGGCGGAAAUCAAGAAAGACGUCCGAAGUCUGACACGGCAGCCCCAAAUUUCCAGUCGCUUGAAUGAAAAGCCUGUGCGCGACGAAUUGCCUGCCGAUGCAGCCCAAGAGAAGUCCACUAAACUCAGCAGCAAGAAGAGGGCAAGGGCGAGAAAAGAUCGUGAAGGAUUACAGUCGCUACUUGACAGAAGCGCACAAAACAAGUCCAGCCUCGGUCUCAGCCUGAUGGACUUCAUGAGACGACCAUAA